CCGGAAGUGUACAUUUAAGGAGAUCUGCCCGGUCGUGUCCUAGCGUUCUUGGUUAAACGAGAAAAACUGAAACUACACAGCAGCGCCUCCAUGAGAACGCUGUGCAAACUGCAGGCAGGAGGCCAGCCCUUCUACCUGCUGACGAAUGUGUUACAGAAUGGCAGGGAAGGAUUUCAGCUAACACUUUCUGACGGACUCACAGCCUGGACUGGACACGUUGAUGGAGAUGAUAUGCAUGAGAUGGCUGUGGAGUCUGGGAUGGAGUUUGAGACAUUUGUUACGGAGAGUGUUCGGGCCCUGACCCGGGAGAACAUGGGGGACAUCACCUUCCACUACGCUGUGGAGAUACAAGAGGAGGAUGUCAGCUGCAGACAGUUCUCUUGGAAGAAGUAUAUUCCCUCAGAAAAAGUCAGGUUCCAGUUGGGCAGUAUAAAACUGCGUGAGGCGGUGACCCCUGUAGAGGUCAUGCAGCAGAUAUUUGACCACGCCCUGGGGAGGGCGGAGGAACUAAAACGGACCAUCUCAGACGUACAGAAGGAGAAGGACAGACUGUCAGGGGAGAGAGCCAAGGCACUGGAGCGGCUGGAAAAGUAUGUGGCACAGAAGGAAGAGAUGGAGCGAGAUCUGUACGCCAAGUUUGUUGUCGUUGUCAACGACAAGAAGGCCAAAAUCCGCCAGUUGAAAGACGAGUUGGCUCAAGCACGAGAAAUGGCAGCUACACAAUCAUCCAGUAGAAAAGUCAGCCAGACCACAAAACAAGAUGACCCUUCAGGAUCAGAAGACAACGACACAGACAAUAAUCCUGACAGCGAAGACAACGACGACGAUGAUGAUGGAGACACAACCGACGAGGAACGACCCAGAAGGAAGGUGUGGCGGAAUGUGGGAGCGGGAGGGGGGCAUCUCGACCUUGAACUGGGAGGAGAAGACAACGAUGGGGCUGACCUUGAACCUGCUGCUAAGAGGAGGAGGAGAAGAGAGCCAGCUCCAAGAAAAGACAAGGCAGUUUCCAGGCCAACCAUUCCAAAGGGAACUUCAUCACAGAGAAGCCUGUCUGGGGACAGGACCUCUCCCUCAGGAGUUCCCAGAAUUCCCAGCCGCCAAUCAUCCGGCAGAUCCAACAGGUCAGGUGACCUUGACCCUGAUGACCUUUUCGAUGAACUGUAAACUUUGACCUUUCCUUGAAUCUGUUGUUUUUUUUGCAUGAACUGUUAUAGGUAUUCCGUACUUCACAUGAAAUUUGAAAAAAAAAUGUUGAAGGGUAACCAUAGCGUAGAAAGAAAAAAAAGAUAAAUUGCAUUAUGCAUCUAAAUUCCAUGGACCAAAAUCAAAUUCUGAUUAACUGUACUUAAUUUGUUGUCACUGUAGUGUACAAGCCAUUCAAUGAAAUA